UAACUGCACACUGGAAUACGAGCCCGAGAGAGAGAGCUGGGCGGAGAGAAAAGGGGUCGCGUCUCACCUUUCAGCAAAGAUAGAGAGGGGGAGAUAUUAGAAAAGUUCAGUCUGCCCUCGGCGCGCUUGCUUGCAAGGCACGACUAGCCCUCUCUUUAUUGGCCGCCUGUCAGCACCGUAACAGACUGCAGAUGCAAGCAUUCAAACAAGAUCCGCUCCGUUUCUGAGCUGAGCAGACCAUGCAGGCACAGGCAGUUUGAGUAGGUUUUGAAAGAGGGAGGAGGACGGAAGGAAGGAAGCAAAGAGGGAAAAGCCGGAGAAAAGUUUGUAAGGAGACUCGUGACGGAGACGUUGCCGGUUGGUCGUAAAGCGCACGGUGAAGAAAGCCUGUUCAGAGCUGGUAUCGCGGGGCAAAUCUAUCCUCAAAGAAACAGACAAGGGUCCGUCGUUGGCCGCUGACCCGCGGAGAGAGGGAUUUUUAUUGAUAUUCGACAGCUGCCGGGCACUCGCCUGCUUCUGUUUGCUGGGAUUUAGAUGCGUUGGGAAGCCACCAUGCGGAGCGAUCCCAUUUUGUUCGCUUCCAGGGCCAUGGAGGAGUUGGUGUGUGAGCUGCGUCUGUUCCUGGACCUGCUGGACAGGGAGUAUCUGAGUUCUGGGGUCAGGGAGAAGAAGAUGCUCAUCUCCAACAUCCUCCACAGGGUCCUCAACGCUAAUGAGCCCUCGUUCAAGUCAGAGAUCCACAGCAGCCUCCCGGCCCCCCCUCAGAUGCCCCUCCCAGAGAUCCCACAACCCUGGCUGCCUCCAGACAACGGGCCUCCUCCUCUCCCCAGCUCCUCUCUCCCAGAGGGCUACUAUGAAGAGGCCGUCCCCCUCAGUCCUGGAAAAGCCCCAGAAUACAUCACCUCCAACUACGAUUCGGACCAGAUGAGCAGUUCGUAUGAGUCGUAUGACGAGGAGGAGGAGGAUGGGAAGGGUAGAGGGAAGAAGAUGCGACACCAGUGGCCUAGCGAGGAGGCCUCCAUGGACCUAGUCAAGGACGCACGCAUCUGUGCCUUCCUGCUGCGCAAGAAGCGCUUCGGACAAUGGACCAAGCUGCUCUGUGUCAUCAAGGACAACAAGCUGCUGUGCUACAAGUCAUCCAAAGACCAGACGCCCCAGAUGGAGCUAGUGUUAUCAGGCUGCAGCAUCACACAUGUCCCCAAGGACGGCAAGAAGAAGAAACACGAGCUGAAGAUAGUCCACCAGGGGGCAGACGCCCUGGUUCUGGCCGUGCAGAGCAAAGAGCAGGCUGAGGAGUGGCUCAAGGUGAUGAGGGAGGUGUGCAGCAACGGAGGGGACUCAGAUGGAGCAGGCGCCGGGUCUCCUGUACACAAGCCCGACCUGGAGAAGAAGGUGUCAUGUGAUAGGCCGAGCUCAGAUGGCGAGCCGCCCCAUGAGAACGGACACACCGUCACCGACUGUAAGGACCAAGGUAAAGGAAAGAAGGACUCUCAGAAGAGCCAGAAGGGAGGCACGCUGGGAAAAGGGGCGGGAAAGAAGAUAACUAAGAUUAUUGGCCUGGGCAAGAAGAAGCCGUCCACUGACGAACAGACAUCUUCAGCCGAGGAGGACAUACCCACCUGUGGCUACCUGAACGUGAUGUCCAAUAACCGCUGGCGUGACCGUUGGUGUCGUCUGAAGGACAACCAGCUGUUGCUCCAUAAGGACCGCGCUGACCUGAAGACCCAUAUGGCCAGCCUGCCCCUCAGAGGCUGCGAGGUCAGCCCCGGACUGGACUCCAAACACCCCUUCGCCUUCCGCCUGCUCCGCAAUGGACAGGAGGUGGCUGUACUGGAGGCGUCCUCCUCAGAGAGUAUGGGUCGGUGGUUGGGGGUGCUGCUCGCUGAGACCGGCUCCACCACAGACCCUGCUGCCCUGCACUACGACUACAUAGACGUAGAGACUACCGCUAACGUCAUCCAGCUGGCCAAGCAGUCCUUCUGCUUCACUAGUAAACGUGUUGUAUCUCCCAACCCCUAUCUGGACAACCCUGUGAACGGUUAUGCCUGCCCCUCUGGAAUGGCACUGCACUAUGAUGACGUGCCCAUCAAUGGAACGGACCCAGAGGUGUUAUACUCCAGCCCUGCCACCGGAGGGCGACGUCUGAGAGAGGAGGUGUUGUAUGAGAACGCUGACCUCUAUGAGAACAUGCCUUCGCCCAAGCUGGCCGCCCGCUACUCCCCCAAGCCCAGCCGCCUAGCCUCUUCCUCCAGCCACUACAAAACCCCUGGCCCUGUUAAAUCAAAAUUCCUCUCCUCCUCUUCCUCAGCUAACACUAACACUAAAGCCGGUACUCAGCUAAAGGGAAAGAAGGCCCCAGUGACCAAUGGGACAGCGUCUAAACAGAAGGUGGACAAGAACCAGGCCAAGAAGACCAAUGGAACAACCAGUGGAGCAUCUGUGAAACGAAACAACUCCAGUGCAGAGCAGUAUAAGUACGGUAAGAACCGCGUGGAGGCGGACGCCAAGCGGCUGCAGGCUAAAGAGGAGGAGCUAAUGAAGAGGAAGCAGGACAUCAGGAACCGUCUGACCCAGCUGAAGAAGGACAGGAAGGACCUGCGCACCGCCAUGGAGGCCAGCACCGGUAAGCGUUCCGCUGCGUCUCUGGUGGAGCGGCUGAAGAAGGUGGAGGACGAAUGCAAGCUGAAGGAGGACGAGAGGGUGAGCCUGGAGCUGGAGCUGACGGAGGUCAAGGAGAGUCUGAAGAAGGCCCUGAGUGGAGGAGUCACCCUGGGACUCACCAUUGAGCCCAAGUCUGGCACCUCCAGCCCGCAGUCCCCAGUGUUGCUGAGGCGUACCCUAGAGAACUCUCCCAUCUCCAGCUGUGACACCAGCGACACAGAGAGCUGUUCUACCCUGCCCGUCAACAGCGCCUCCCUCCUCCGCAGAACGGCCAAUCAGAAACCCUCGACCGUCCGCGGCCACGUCCUCAGGAAGGCCAAGGAAUGGGAGAUGAAGACUGGCACAUAAGCAGCAACUCUCUUCACAACGAUCCUAUUGUACUAGCUUAUGUUUUGUGUGUGUGUGUGUAUAUAUUUAUUAACUUUUCACAUGGGGAAGAAGGUUGAAGAGGAGUACACUACAAGCGUAGCAUAGCCAACCAGAAAGACAAUAAGGACAAUGCUGAUUUGAGUAUACUUUUAUUUCCAAAACAUAAAGAAAUGGCACUCUUUUUGUAGCUUACUAUUGUAUAAUACCGUGUAUUAUAUCUGGCAUGUUUGAACUACUCUGUCGUGAGGUUUUGUAUUCGUCCAAUCAUUUUCUUUCUUUUCAAGCAGACAUCCAAUCAUAGAUGGUCUUUUGUGAUCUGUUUCCCCAUCACAUACAAAUCUGGUUUCUACAACUCUUGGGGUUCAAAAAUCAAGUGCAAAACCAAGUAUUUAUUUGUAAAUGUUUAUUAAGUAAACAUCCCUGUGAUUAUUUAUGUUGAUAAUAUUUAAUGCUUGUUUUGUAGUAUAGCUGUCUCUCCGUAGGCGCCCAUGUUAUCUUUCCUACUCAGUUAGAAGCUCUCUUGUUCACAAGCAUAUGUUUAGAGUGGUAACUGCACUGCGCCACUAAUGUUCACGUCAUCUAAAUGGGUUAAUCGAAUCAUCAGUAUCACUGUUAGGCAAUCCAGAUGAUUUGCAGAUCAUCAAACCAGCAAUGCGCCUACUCCCUAUUGGUUGAUGCUUGUGAGUGGGGCCAUUGGAAUGCUCCACUCAGUAAAGUGCAGGUCAGGCUAAGGCGUGGUCGUGUCCUGGUGAGUUUGGCCGCUGGCGUUGGAAAACUCCUAAAACCUCAAGUAACGUGGCCUCUUAUAUUUAAGCUUGACAACCAGGAGCUUCGGCCCAGCUCUUUUAAUCAUGCCACUGGUGUACUGUAGCCCUGUGAUCUGAUCUGGUGUGUGUGUGUGUGUGUGCGUGUUUGUGGCUUGUGUGUUAAUGCGCACAACUGUGUGUGUGUGUGUGUGUGUGCUUGUGGCUUGUAUGUUAGUGUGCACGACUGUGUGUUUGUGUGUGUGUGAGUGAGCGUGUUUGUGGCAUGCGUGUUAGUGUGCACGAUAGUGUGUGAGUGUAUGUGUGCGCGUGUUGAAACGUCUCCAAGGCACAUUCCAACCCCAUCACCAAUACACUGUUAGAAAUAGAGGCCUGUAUGGUCAGAAAUACUGUGUGUUCUCCGCUUCAACCAGAGACUGUGACCUAGUUGUGGAUUCUUGAACUUCCAACUCCUACUGUAGCAACACGUUUCAGCUCAUACACACCACAUAGGCACGCGCACGUGUAUACACACACACACACACACACACACACACACACACACACACACACUCAUACACACACACACACACAUUUAUGUAAUUUAUUUCUAAUGGUGCUUUUGGUAAUGCUUUUACCACAUCUACAGUACCCUGCAAAUACUGCCAUAUCCACACAGCUCAGUGUAACCUAACCACUGUGCUUUGUAGGAGUGAAAGUAGCACGUUGAUGUACUACUGCAAACAAGCUACGUUUUUACCAUUUACUCAAAGGCACAUUUACCUUUAAAACGGCUGGUUUAUGGUGUAUUUACUGGCCUGGUUGGAAUAUGAGGCUGUUCAUAACAAAAAUGGCCCCCAAUGGAGGUUUCUCAAGUUAUCAGAGUGUAAAUAUUUGUAUAGCUUUUCCAUUCUGUCAGAUUGAUGCCGGGAUUCUAAUCCGAUCGCAUAUGCAAUCUGAUCACAUAAGCAGUAUUUACCGUGAAUGGGAUCUCUGCAAACCCGAGAACAUUGCCUUUAAAGGGAUGGUUUACCCAAAACACAAAAUGACAUAUUGACAUAUUCCUUACCGUGUAGGCAGUCUAUGGACAAUCCAUGCUUUGGUUUAGUUUCCCUGGCACUUUUUCCAAAUGCUAACGUUUUAGCAUUUGUGGCACAAAUCCCAUUGAAGCCAUGGGACCAAUAUUAGCAUUUUUCAUGCAUCAUGACCAAAUCAUCCAAAAGUAUCUAAAUGUUAUUGUGAAGCUCACCAAAUGUCAGAUAUAGAUGAUUUGAACAUGAUGCGAAAAAUUCUGAUUAUCGGUCCCAUGACUUGAAUGGGAUUUGUACCACAAAUGCUAAAACGUUAGCAUUUGGAAACGGUACCAGCUACUGCCAGGGAAGCUAAACCCAAAGCUUGGAUUGCUGUCAUACGUUGUACAUAGACUGCUUACCGGGUAAAGAAACCAAUGUGUCAUUUUGUAAUUUGGGUGAACUAUCCCUUUAAAAGCCGCAAUGUCUAUAACCUGCGAUGGGAUUGAAUCCCGGCCAAAGUCACCACGAGAUGGGGGAGGGGAGGACAAGUUAGGCUUUCAAAAUGGACUAGACGCUUAUCUUCUCUGUAUAAACACCUUCAAAACUGAAAUGGGGCAAGAGAUAUGUCAGUGAGAAAAUGUGAACCCACAUGGGGGGGGGUGUAUUUGGGUGUGGGCAGAGGGAGUAGGGGAGAAACAGCAACAUUGUUUGUUUUGCACCUUAGACUUUUCUACUCCAUUGUACUUCUUUUGACAGUUGCCAACUCGGUGACGAACGGCUGUAAAUAAAAGCAAUAAACUUCUUUCCAAAUGUC